CUCACACAGACGAAGCAAUUAAAGAGGGGAGUUUAAUGAAGCAACAAAACAGUUCUUUUUCUAGUUUGAAGACUGUGGUCUUCUAGGUCUGCAGCAGAAUACAUUGCAAUUCUAGAAUCUAGUUAUAUGUAUUCUGGGAUGUAAUACACACAUUCGACUUUGGGUACUGGUGCAUUCUCUGCAAUUAAACUGAAAAUCAUGGAAAUGGAACACCCAAAAUAGGAAUAUUAGCUUUGUAAAUUGUGUUGGCCGGAGGUUAUUGCGUUCUUGGACAUCACAUGGACUACCCUUGCCAUUUGAGCAGAAUUUGAAGAUGAAGAGUAUGCAUCUUCAUACUCUUCUUGUGUUCUAUAUAUUCUAUCCUGCACUGGUAGCUAGCAACCUGGCUGAUACAGUUACAGCUAGUAGUUUGGCUACAAUGUGGUUCAUGCCGGUGAAUAUACUUCUGACUUUUAUCAUUGGCUCAGCACUUGGUUGGAUACUCAUAAAAAUCACCAGACCACCCCAACAUCUACAUGCACUUAUACUUGGUUGUUGUUCCGCAGGAAAUAUGGGGAACUUGUUUUUCAUUAUCAUCCCGGCAAUCUGUGAGGAGUCAGACAAUCCUUUUGGCUCAUGGAUCUGUCUGGAACACACUACUUUAACCAGUGUUACAUCCAAGGAAGCAUUGACUUUAUCUUUGGUGGGGCAAGAUCAAUCUAUCAGGUAAAGGGGUUGAUCUUGA